AUGGCCAAAAAAGAAACUAUUGAAGCCUUUGAUCAUUUGGUUAAAGACAUAAUAGAAUCUGAGCUGCCAUUUAGAGGAAAGGUGAUAGUUUUUGGAGGAGAUUUUCGACAAACUUUACCUGUGAUUGAGCGAGCUUCAAAACAAACUCUCAUAGAAGCUAGCCUUCCUAAUUCACCUCUAUGGAAUAAAUUUCAUAUGUUGAAACUAACAGAAAAUAUGUGGGCCAUUUUGGACCCAGUAUUCUCAGAGUUUCUUUUAAGGGUGGGUGAAGGAAGAGAGCCUGUUGAUCCACAGGGCCAAAUAACCUUACUGAAUGACAUGGUCAUUCCAUAUUAUGAAAAAGAAGAAUCUCUAAACAGGUUGAUAAAAUAUGUAUUUCUAGAUUUAUUGGCUUAUUCAAAUGAUCCUUAUACUAUGAUCAAUAGGUGCAUUCUUACUCCAAAAAACAGUUUAGUUGAUAAGCUAAAUGAUAUCAUGAUAAAAUGGUUUCUCGGAAAUCUUCAUGUUUAUGUUAGCUCUGAUAAAACUAUUGAUCAGCGUCAUCAAGGAGAUUAUGAAAAUUUUCUCAAUUCACAAAAUCCAAAAGGUCUUCCUCCUCACAAGUUGUUGCUUAAAGAAAAUUGUCCCCUCAUUCUUUUGAGAAAUCUGAACCCUAUAGAAGGAUUAUGUAAUGGUACACGUCUCAUCUGUAGAGAGCUCAGACAGCGUACAAUUUGUACUGAAAUAGCUUUUGGCCAGUACCAAGGGAAAAUAAUCUUUUUGCCUAAAAUUCCUCUUCAAACAUCUGAUAGUGAAAAGAACGGCCUCCCAUUUAUAAGAACACAAUUUCCUGUUCAACUUUGCUUUGCCUUAACAAUUAACAAAUCUCAAGGACAAACUCUUGAUUAUGUAGGGAUUUACCUUCGUGAGCCGGUUUUCUCUCAUGGACAGUUGUACGUAGCCUUAUCUAGAGCUAAAACAUCAGCUGCAGUUAAAAUUCUCAUUGAGCCUGGAACUUUUGGAGACAUUAAAGUUGAUUGCAAGACUAGAAAUGUUAAAAUAUUAUUGCCUAUUGUGCCAUGGUUCUUGCAAAAGUAUAAACCAUGGACUGUGGGAUCAAAAGUUCAAGGCAUUAUUUUCAACAAUGACAUCCCUAGAAUGAGCUCAAUCCUUCAAGUUUAUAAGAAAUACAACAUAUCCAAUGCUGAAGUGAAGCCAAUCUUACCAAAAUAUCAUACUGUUGAAAUAACUCAUCAGUGGACAAUCACGAGCAAAACUGUUAUUGAAGAGGUUCUUGAUGAUGAAGAUAUAAUGCCUGUCAAGUUCAACUAUACAAAGUUUACACAUUUGGCACAGUAUAUGGACGAUAAGACUAAAUUAGUUGGUAUAUCUCAUUACUUGAUCUAUAUAAAUAGUAUGCAUAUCUCUGCAUGA